UUCGUAAAAUUACAGGGGAUAAUUUGCAAUAACUUCAUCUCAUCUAAUUUCCACCGGCAUUCGCCAACCAUAUGUAUCAAUAACCACUCACGCCGAUCUCUGGAUUUCUCUCUAUCUCUCCUAACUCUAGUUUAUUUUCUCUCUACAAUCUCACAAAUUUCAGUUUCGAACUUAUAUGAUUAAUUUGGUUCCUUUUUCUGAAUAAUCUAGUAUUUUCUGUUCAAAUUUGUAUUUGUUUCUUAUACAUUUGGGGUUCUAGUGAUCGAUCUUUCACAAGGAGACGGAGCUUGGAGGGUAUUUCGGCGUUUCCAGCUAUAAUUUUGGCUUGUUAGUGACACUUCAGUUUUCUACUGUAUCUAUGGUAUGGAGCAAAAUCGAGUUAUUGAAGAGGCAACUUCAAUAUAUUCUGCUUGAGUUUCUUAAAUAAUUGUAUUUGCCGUACCAAACUUGAGUUGAGUGACUCUAUCAUCAUCAUGGGAACCUCACAUCGCAGUGGGAUAUUAAGGAGAUCAAAUGACACUGCCCGACUUCUAUUAACAACAAUCAUGGGGAUGGUCUUGGGAUAUUUUAUAGGUGUUUCAUUUCCAUCUGUUUACUUAAGUAAGAUUAAUCUACCUUCAAGUUUAAUGACAUCUCUUGACAUGGCCUUAAAUGAUGAUCCUCAUAGUUCUACUAGUCGCAGUUUUCCUGGAAACCUUGCUACCGGAAGUACUCCUUUGACAACUAAGAUAUAUGUUCCUACAAAUCCCCGUGGUGCAGAGUCUUUGCCACCAGGAAUCGUUGUCUCAGAAUCUGACCUUUAUCUUCGGAGAUUAUGGGGUGACCCUAAUGAGGAUCUGGAAAGGAAGCCAAAGUACCUAGUGACAUUUACUGUUGGUUUUGAACAAAUGAACCGUAUUGAUGCAACAAUGAAAAAGUUCUCUGAGGAUUUUCAAAUACUGCUUUUCCAUUAUGAUGGUCGAGCCAGUGACUGGGAUCAAUUAGAGUGGUCACGGCGUGCCAUACAUGUCAGUGCAAUAAAACAAACAAAGUGGUGGUACGCAAAGAGAUUUUUACACCCAGAUGUUGUAUCAGCUUAUGAUUAUAUUUUCAUUUGGGAUGAAGAUCUUGGAGUUGAACACUUCAAUGCUGAUAAGUAUAUUCAAUUGGUUAAAAAACAUGGUUUAGAGAUCUCCCAACCCGGUCUUGAACCCAACAAUGGACUUACAUGGCAGAUGACUAAAAGGAGUGGUGACAGAGAAGUUCACAAGGAUACAGAGGAGAAACCAGGCUGGUGCAGUGAUCCGCGCUUGCCUCCAUGUGCAGCCUUUGUAGAAAUCAUGGCUCCAGUAUUUUCUCGUGAAGCUUGGAGAUGUGUUUGGCAUAUGAUCCAGAAUGAUUUGGUACAUGGAUGGGGAUUGGAUUUUGCAUUAAGAAGAUGUGCAGAUCCUGCACAUGAAAAAAUUGGUGUUGUUGACUCACAAUGGAUUGUCCAUCAAGUAAUUCCGUCACUUGGAAAUCAGGGACAGACUGUUGAUGGAAAAGCUCCAUGGCAAGGGGUACGAGAGAGAUGCAGAAACGAAUGGAAGAUUUUUCAGGAUCGGCUUUCUACCGCAGACAAGGCAUACUUUUCCCAGCUGUAGAAUAGCUCUAUAGUGUGUAUAUUGCAUGGCAUUUCCCUUUACUUCUAUCAUCUCUGAGUGUUGUUUUGUAGCUUUAUUCUUUCUGUGAGAUGCAGCUUUUCGCGAGGCGUAGAUUAACGACGUUAAGAUUAGUGUAAAUCAUCAUUGGAUGAUGUUUAAAUAGCGGAUUUUAGGAGCUGGUACGUAGAUUUGUCUACUUGAAUUCUUGUUCAAGUGCUCUUCUAUGUUUCUAUUCCAGUGUGAACUUCAAACUAUUAUUAUUAUUAUUAUUAUUAUUAUUAUUAUUAU